CACCUCCCUCCGGGCUGCCCCCACGCUCCUGCAUGCAGAGUUUUCUGUCCAGUGUCAGAGUAACAUCGUAAACGAAGACCACCAGACGGUAAAUCCGGAUUAAAUGGAAGCAGCGGAGAAAACUCUCACGUACCGAGAUGACACCGGACUUCACAGCAAAAAGCUGCUUAAACAAGUCCAAAAGGAGGACAGCAAGUACCAGCACACAGAGGCAAACAGCGACGAGUCCAACUAUGUGGAUCUGGACAUGAGACCCGACGGGCUGAAGACGGUGAAAGUGACUUUCACCGGAGAGGGAAACCAGCUGUCUGUGAUUAAAGGCGACAGCUCGAAGCAGGAGGAGAGCAAAACCGCUUCAGCCGAGAACCCACUGGAAACCCUGACCAAGCUCCCCACCGCAGACCCGGACUCAGAGAGCGAGAAGCAGGCUGAGUUUGACUCCAGCGAGUGCAGCGAGAGCGGCGAGCUGCGCUACACCGACAUGUGUCUGAACGGCAAGAGCGACUCCGAGCCGUCCGAGUCCCACUACAUCACCACGCAUGAGAUCCAGCUCACCGAACUCGACCACGACGUGGACUAUGACCUGGGCCGGGGGACCCGGUGGGAGUUCGAGGACGGUAACCUGGUCUACGCCUUUGUGGAUUACGCCUCUUUCGAGAGCGACGAGACCCAGGAGGGCACCCUGAUCAUGGAGGCCGGCCGGAGCCAGGCGAAGGGGCAGUCUAAUCUUAGCGGAGCGGCUGUCAGCACCGAGCAGGAUGAGAGCGAUCUGUGCGCCAGUUCGGAUGAGAGCCUUUGCAGAACCCAGAGCGGCGGUGACCCCUCUGCGGGAAAAAUCCACUUGUCGAUUAAAACUUCCUCCAGGGCUGUAAACGACCCUGUAGGCCUCUUUGACAAUAACGCGCAGUGGUGCGCGAAACACCUCGGAGAUGGGAAUCAUUUCUCCUUUGUGAGCCCUGGCGCCAGAGCGGGGCCCUUGUGCGAUAGGGGUCAAUAUUUCAUCCCGGCUCCGGGCCGUCAGCACCUCGCAACUAAACUGAGACGGAAAGAUAUUAAUGAGUAUUCCAGCGGUGCGUCCAGCUCCAUCAGUGAGCUGGACGACGCUGAUAAAGAGGUGCGUAACCUAACCGCCAAGUCCUUCCGGAGCUUGGCAUGUCCAUACUUUGAUGCCAUCAAUCUCAGUACUUCCAGCGAGUCCUCCAUGUCGGAAUAUGGCCUAAAUAAGUGGUCAGCUUAUGUGGACUGGAAUUACGGAAAUAUUACGCACAAUACCUCCAGCACAACACUGGAAAUGAAUAAGACUGUGCAUAGCAGGAGGAAUAAUAGAUGUAAAACUGGUAUGAAAGAUCAAGAGACAAGAAUCUGUGCACUGAAUAAGAGAAUAACUUCACAACAGACUGCCUCUUCGGACAGAAAGCUCCAAAUGAAAGAUCAGUCAGCACAGCAAGGAGUCACCCUGAACUUUCACUGUAAUGUUGAAUCCAGAGCUCCCAGGGGCCCCAAGUGCUUUCAAAAGGACCAACCCAAUGAAGUGUUGGCCAGAUCGGGAUGUAAGAUGCAGUAUCAUCACACAGAUAACUCAAGGGAAACACACAAGAGGGCUAUUUUUGCCUCAAGUUUGCUGAAAAAUGUAAUUUCCAAAAAAAUGCAGUUUGAACAGGAACGCAAAAUGGAGAGGGGGGAAAUUUCAGACACGUACCCCUCAGUCUCCUCCUGUAUUCAUAUUAAAGAUCUGGAGGGUGUGAAGGAGAGGACUGAGAGCAGAGGCCUGCAGGGGCAAACCUCAGAAUUAGGAUUCCCUGCUAACUCCCCCGAUGAUCACAGAUCCAGUUCCUGUGGGGAAAAAGAAGAGACAAAGGGUGACCAAAGGGCUACCGAUUGCUCAGGGGAGCACAAAGGAGCACCGCAGGAGCCACAAUCUGGGAAGGAGGCAGAGCCGGCAUCUGUGAAAGAUUUCCAAACCACAACUAGGGAAGGACUGGACACCAGCAGCGUUCUGACAAAGCUUCUCUUUGUUCCAAACUGCCAGCUUUCAAAAGACGGACGCUUGGCAGAGGAUUUAACACCCAGCACACUUGACACAGGUGCAAAGAAAUGUGAGCAAGAGCUGCAAAAUGCAAAUGAUAAAAAUACAGAGAGUAAAGAAAAAAAUGAGAUGGCGGGGAAAGCACCUGAGAUUAAAAUCUGCCUGAGAAACAUGAAAGAAAGCAAAGGUUGCACACUGAAUAUUGCAAAUCUCCUUACCCCUAAAAUCAGUUAUAAUGUCAACAAAUUCAGGGCAGCAGACAAUGGCAGAUGUCAUGUUUUGUCUUCAGCAGACAAGAUUCCAAGCUUCACUGUUAGAGACAUCAGGGACACAAAGUGCAAGUUUCAGACGCCGAUAUAUCACGUCAGAGAUGUGCGCAAGUUGGUAAAAAGCUCGUAUCGUUUUGUCUCUUUGGACAGAAGUGACCGCAGAUGUUCCACAGUAGCAGAGGAGAAAACCAAACUGGAGCUGGAUAAACCAUCUCCUAUGGUGAUCAAAUGCAACUCUGUUAAAACAAACGUUAAACCAGAGACAAAUGACACAGCACGAGCACAAGUGGAGGGGGACACCCCAUCUGAAACCUCAAGCAGAGUUCCCACUGUUGUGAAAAAACUAGGGAUUCCCGAUCAGCCUGAGAUGCAGCCAAACCCUGAGGCCAAACUAGGAAAACAGAGACAGGAUAGGUUCACUGGGGAGACAAAUGAGAAAAGAAAUGACCCUGCAAUACCUGCAAAACAGGAUGCCCUGGAAAAGCUCAAAGCUGCUGUCAAAACCAUGGAGCAGCUUUAUGUUUUUGACAGGAAUGAAUGGAAGCGUAAAACCCAAGCCUCUCAACCGGUCUCAGACAGCCAUGUGCUGCCUCUUCUCACCAAGCAGGACCUGGGAGCUCCAGAUGAGCUGGAGGUAAAAAACGGUGGUAGGAUUCUUCCGUCUCUGACAAACAGGAAAGAAACACGUAAAGACCAAGGAGAAAAGGGAUCUCUCAAUAUCAUACAUGUUCCGUAUGACCCUGACACUUUUAAAACACAAUCUCAGCAAAGUAAAACCUUCACCAACAAAAGCAUCCUUCAUUUUGGCAAUAAGAAACAUGUCAGCAUUAACUCACAAAAUUCUGCGUUGCAAGCAUCUGCGAUGAAAAGCUCUAAAACAUCAAUGAUAACUCCAACACCAGUAAAACUGGUGGAUCAGGAGCAGGACAAGGCUGAAUCCAAUUACACAGAUCCUACCAUUGCAAAAGGCUGCUUGGACUCUGAGAACUACCUAACCAUACCAGGGUUUGGGUGCACAAAUGAAACCAAGCUGCUCAAUCAGAAGCCUGUGUCAGUUGCAGGGGAUUCCAGCUUUAGCAGAGCUAAACCAGGUGAUAGCAAGGUCCCUGAGCUAAAGAAGUCUCCUGUAAAUGUGGACUGCACAUCUGCGACCAUCUAUCAUCUUCCAACAGCGGCGACAGGGUCUCAAAAACAGCAGCAGGUGUCGUGUUUCUCCCCCUCCAUUCUGAAUGUGUCCCCCACACCCUCUGGAGGAGAAACAGUCCCUCAAACGCAGCGCAAGAUGCUUCUGGACCCCACAACUGGACAUUAUUACUUGGUGGACACCCCCAUACAGGCCACCACCAAGAGACUUUUCGACCCUGAGACAGGCCAGUAUGUGGAUGUCCCCAUGCCGCACUCACCCGUGGUGCCCUUCACACCCGUGCCUUUCUCGUUGCCCCCCCUAGCUCUCACCCCCACCUACAUGGUCUAUCCAGGCUUCAUCUCUCCCACGUUGGCAGCCCAGGCAGUGAUUCCGCAGUCCCCCUGUCACUCAGAGGAUGCAGCAGGAGAAAGCAUUAAAAACAUCACCCUGAGCCCAGGUGCAGAAAAGGCUUACUACAGCGCCACAGCAGAGGCUCAACAGGGGCCACUUCAAUUGCCCCUGAGUUUAGGACAUGUGACCACCAAAGGAGGGACAGCAAGCUCUGACAGAAAGGCACUUAUCAGCAUAACAACGCAGCAAGGUCCAAGAAUUAUCGCUCCACCCUCGUUUGAUGGAAAAACUAUGAGCUUUGUGGUUGAGCAUCGGUGACCAAGAGGACUUCUCUUCAUAUAUAAAGCUGUGUUGAGGAACCCACCUUUAUUCACUGUAAGUGGAGUUUUCAUCCCUGUGACCCACUCUCUGGACAACUUCCACCAUCAACCCUUCACCCGUCUCUCUGUUCUGCUGUUUGUUCUUGUUUUCUGUAUGCAUUGUAGCACUUUAUAGUUAUGAAUUGUAGAGAUGCUUUCCAUUCAGGUGCUGUGUAGAUUGAUCUGUGUUUAAAUGUCAUGUGUGCCCUGCAGUCUAUUCAAAUUGAAACAAGACAGUUCUAUCGCAAUAAAGUGUUAUUUACGGUCAAUCUGUUAUAUUAAUACGUUGAUAGUAGUAUGUAUUUAAAGUGAGACUGUGUUUUAUUUGAAAAGACAAAAUAUGCUCAUAAGAAUAAAAUUUAUGUGCAUAAGAAAUCAAAAGUAGUAUCAUUAAAAUUAUUAUGUGUCUUUCUAGAGGGUCAUGGUCUCGUGUCACCUGACUGAGUUUGCUUGAUGACAGUAUAUACUAGAUCUGCUAUUAUUAACAAUCUAGGCCACAAUGUCAUCGAUUUUAAUAGAGGUAUCAAAAAGGUAAAACUUAAAAUAAUUUAAUUUGGAGACAUGUUUGUUUAAUAUCUUGUGUCCUCAUCACAUUAGCCAAACAUACAACUAGAAAGAUAAAUUGAAUUGUGGCAAAUUGGAAAUGGUUAUUUGUUACAUUCUGCUGUUCCUGGGCAGAAAAAUCAGUUAUAGAAGGUCAACAGAGGAACAGGGUUGGUGAGGAAUUAAAAAAAAAUUUUUUUUGGUGAAAACUGUCAGGGUUUGUAUAGAUCUCCUAGAAGUUAAAGGCCAUGCUUAUUGUCUUACUACAUAAAUAUAUAUAUUUCUCUGUGUUCUAGAUGAGUAGGGGGCAGUGCAUGUUGACAUAAGCAGUAAAAAACAACACUUUGUAUUUUUGUUGAACAAGCUGCCAUGCCAGUUUUUAAGGUUGCCUCCCACCUUGAGAUUGUGGGAUGUGAAAUUUUAAACCAGCUGUUUGAUCUUGCUUAAAUCCUUGAGUGAUCAUUUGUUAAUACCUUCUUGCUAUAAUUUGCUUACAGUUAUCUAAAAAAUUUAUUUGUGUUUUCCUUGUCAAGCAGAUUCUAAAUUAAGUGGAGAUUGUUCAUUUGAACAUAGCACAAAUGAAGCAUAUAUGUUUAGGUACUGUAUUUAGCAUGCAAAUUAGCAAAAUUGUGCAUUAUUGGUUAUAACUCCAACCAAUAGAUUGCUGUAAUGUGCUUCCAAUGUGAUCCUUGGUAUGUUUAGAAAGUGCAUCAACAGCCAUUAGUGGUAUCCCAUAGUUGUAUGGUGGUUUGGGGCAAAUUCUUGACACUAGUCUAUAACAGGUAAAAUGGGCUAAUGGAAAGCCAACGACUGAAAAAUUGGACAUAUAGUGUUGGGAUAACAGACUUGUCAAGGUCCUGCAGAUGUUCAGCAGUGUUCUUUGAGGGUACAGGUUGUGUUUCAAAUUCUAUUUACUUAAUGAUUUUAAGAAAUAUCAUUUCUAGUUAUGACCAGAAAGUAGAAAUCACCCACUGCAGUCGGACAAGCGUUGCAUCUCUGCUUCACUUUUAGAGGUUUUUGGUAAGCUUAAAAUAAUUUUAUUGCCUUCUUUUCCAUGCUCUUGGCACAAAUGGGAAAGUUGGAAAAAAGUACUGAAACACCACUGUCAUGGUUUCUCACCAACUAAAACGUCAAAAUCCAAACCGACUGCCACUUCUACAGCGAUAGAGGCAGUUUUAGACAGUUUACUUGUAAAAUUGAUUGUUUGUACCUUCUUAAAACAGACGCACUUACUACUGUGUAAAAUCUGUGUGGCCUCAGUAACUAAAUACAGUAAAUGCUGAGAAAUUAAUUGUUGUUGGCUUGUGUUGCUAAUAUUGGCUACCCUGGCCUCUGAGCACAACAAUGUUUCUGGUGUAAAAAAAACUUGACCACGUUUAGUUUGGGUGUAAGAUAAUUCUUAAAACUGAGGCCUCGCUAAUGAACGAUAACUAUAAGUAAAUAAAAGCACCAAUUCAAUGUCACAAAUGUCUUUUGAAACUUUAUCUCCUGUAAAGAUAAAGCCAAUCAUCUGAAAUAUAUUAUUGAAACAAACAUUGGUCAAGUUGGAGAGAGGCUGGGACUAAAGUUGGUUACCUUUCUUCUAGGGUGAUGUUGGCUUAGUACAUAUAUCAUUGUGUAUAUGCUAAAAUUAUAACUUUUAUAUAACACAAUGGCAUAAUGCGGAAUUAGUAAGAUAUUCUAUCAAGCCAACAUAUAUAGAUAAAUAUAAUUCUGACCUAUCAACAUCUAUCAGACUGUUGUUUAGAUUUCUGUGGGGGUAUUUCUGACCCAUCCAAGUAGACAAAAAUAUCACAGGAUGGGCCCAGAAUACUCUGAAGUAAUUGCAUACCCUGUCCUGCACUGGAAUGUCUCAAGGUCCUCCAGGAAAAACUGUAAACGUUGCUAAACAGAGAAAGACAUGUUAGCCACAUGGACCAGCAAGGGGAAAAAAGGUUUGGAUUAGUGCAUGCUAUUAUAAUAUCAGUAGGCCAAAGUGUAAAAUAAACUCUGAAUCCCCAAAAAGUAAUAUUUACAUACAUUUUGACUCUAAUCCCACAGAUGUUGACUUAUUGGGGUCAUGAUGGUGGUGUCCUCGAAGCAAGCCAAUAAAAAGGCAAACAAUUUUGUGUUUCCUAAUAGAAGGUGAUGAGGACAUGCAGUUACUGUUAGGCAAAAAUCCACUAAACUACUUCAAACAGUGUAGUAUUUAAUUUAAAGAGACUAUACAUACUCUAUUGGAGAUUUUUCACACUAAUAGUGGGAAAGAGAGCCAUUUGUGUUUACUGAAUGUUAAAUCACAUUGAGGUUUCUGCUAUAGUGUUUCUGGUCCAUAGCCUAUGUAAAAUCAUUACAUUUCAAUCUCAUUUACUCCAAGUAAAUAUUAAUCAGGUCAAAUUAUUUUGGUUUUCCUUCGUGUGCUAAGCACUCUCACAGUAACCUUUUUAUGUCAGUCAAUGUUUCUGCUGAAGAAAGUUCCUUGCUACUUAUAAAAUGCUUUUAAUGCCCACCAGCAUGAUGUAUAUAUAGUGUUUUGUUAUUCUUAUUUUUAUUUAUUUAUUUUUAUACACAUUGCUUUUAUUUACCAGUGAGGCGAGAGGACUAACACUAUGUAUAUUCCUCAGAUGAAAACAGAGCUGCAAUUCAGAUUUAGCAGCGUGCUCAGGUCACUAUAAGUAGUGUUGGGCCUAAUGAGUUGGAGCCAGCUGAGAUAUUUACAGGAUAACUUCCUCUGUUUGUCUUGGUUCAGUUUACACUUUUGUGUAAUGAAAUGGGAGCGGGUGUGCAUGCGUCUGAACGUGUCUAUGUUUGUGGCCAUGAGCAAUGCGUGGCAUUCGAGCAUUCUGUGAGUACAACGAGGAGUUGCGUUACUGCCCUGCAAGAAGGAUCACAGAGAGCGUACAUGUGUGAAGCGUGUCUUUACGUUUAGCGCACACGGUAAUACCAGUUUCUAGAAAACACAUCGGAGCAGACUGUUUGGUGCCAAAUUUUAGAAUCACAAUCCAAAAAGAAUGAAUGUUUUUUUUUUUACUAGAUUUUGUCUUUCUUAAUAUUAAAGUAAAUACAUUUUGACCUAUUUCUGUCCUGUUUCCAACUGAAUACACAGCAGGGCUUCAUUUGUCUUUGUGCUGACAUGUACCAGCAUCUGUAUAAACAUAACAGGAUAUGCCAAUGUUUCAGAACUAAACACAAAUUAAAAGGUAUUUGGAGCUGCUGGUCAGUCUAAUUACCUCCAUUUAAAAUACAUAUAAUUUCCCCUCUUACCCCAAGAGUUUAUUUUACUAAGAUUAGUCCAGGUUUUGAACAUAUUUUGUUAACUUUCCUAAAGGGUUUGCUUUCACCCUAAUUGACUGUACGAUGCUUGAUGCAAUUUGAGGCGCAAUGUAGCGUGAAACUGUUGGGAAGUCAAAGUACUGAGACUUAUGAGUUUAUUUGAAAAAUAUACAGUCUAUAAGACAAUAACCACAGAGCAAUUAUUCAACGUGUGAGAAGUUGGAAGUCUAGUGUUGGAUGACUAAAAAAAAUAUAUCUCUCAACUUUUUAGGAAACAUUAAGCUCAUGUAUACAUUUUACUGAAAUGUAAAAUUUGAGUAUUAAAAGAUAAAUGUAAAUUACAUUUUGCUUAUCUGUAGAAUUUAGUUUUUCCAAAACUUGCACUUGGAGUGUCACCAGAAAUAAUAGCACCAAAUGACUGUAACCUCCGGUGACAAAAGCACUAUUGGGACGUUUUAAGUCAUUCAUUUUAUUGUUUGUAAUUGAGAUAUUAGCCCAAAAGAUGCAAGCUAUGUUAUACAGUGCCUUCCAAAAGUAUAAAUACACCUCAUCCAUCAAAAUAUUUUCUUGAAAUUUUAUGUGAUAAACCAACAAGAAGUAGCGCAUAUCUGUGAAAGGGAAGGAAAAUGCUUCAUAAUGUUUAAAACAUUUUUACAAAUAAAGAAUGUUCUGCCUUUGAUUCACUCUCAGGUCUUUUGCAGCUUCCAAUAGGCUUUCUUCCCAAACUGACCUGUCUUUAGCUCCAUCUACGUUCCCAUCAACUCUGACAACCUUCCCCACUGUGAAAGAAAAGCAUUCCCACACCAUGAUGCUGCCACCACCAUGUUUCAUGGUGGAGAUAAUGUGUUUAUGGUUUUGUUGGUUUUCCACCACACAGCAUUUUGGAUGUACACCAAAAAGUAUCACACAGAUAACUGUGUUCCACCUUUGCAAUGUCCCCCACUUGGUUUCUAGCAAACUGCAAACAGGACCUCCUGUGGUUUUACCGAUACUGUAUUUUCUAAUUUUGUGACUCCUGCAGGUAAUUAGUUGCAUUUAAUUUAACUUAGAGACAUCAGAGUAAAGGGGGCUGUUCUGUUUGAAUCAGACCACUCUCCCCCACCCUUUAUUGUUUUGAAAACUAUAUAUUUUCCUCAAAACUCACAAUUAUGUACUACAAUGUAUUGUUGUAUCCCAUAAAAUCCCAAUAAACAUUAAUCAAGGAUGAGAUUGUGAUGUGAUAAAAAUGUCAACUAGGAUAAAUAUGUUUGCAAGGGUCUGUAUGCUUUCUAACAUUGAUAAGGUGAACUUCAGUGUCAUGGCAUUGUGUGUGAAUAACACUCCAACUGAGGUGCAUUUCCCAUCCUUUACCUCCACAAAUGAGACUUACACUGAGUUUGAUUUGGCUUAAAUUGGGUGUCAUCACAGAGGAAAAUGACACAUGAAACACAUACAGUACACAUAUGAACACAGUGAUGAUGUGCUAUAUUAUUCACAUGCCAUGUCAUGAUAUCUGAUAGAACUUAGGCAUUAAAUACUACAAACUGACACUAUCAGUGUUCUGUUUGACAGAAGAGAAAUGUGUUAAGGUGAAGGUGAAAUGGUCUGAGAUACGUGCAGAAGGUUUAAAAAUAAAGGGCACAAGUCUUUUUGAAUUGAUACCAUCAGUGCUUUGAAACUGCCAACUGUGCCUGUGAACAAGGGGAAGGUCAGGAUGAAAAGUAAGAGACUACUUGAAGGAGGGAAGUGAAUGCAAUGUUUGCAUUUAUUGCACUGAAAAGAAGAUGUGUGAUGGAUGAAUGUAAUGUAGGCUGAUGUAUCUACAUUUGUUUGCAAUAAAUCUUGAAAUGCACAACACUAAA